AGCCAAUCACCGCGCAGCUCGUCCCUCGGGCUUGUAUCCUUUAGUGAAAGAAUUCAGCUCCUUGCGAGAAAGUUACCUGUGGCCGCCCAAGUCCGCCACUUUCUGCUCUGUGGCUGCCCAUUGCCACGCUCCUGGAGGACUCCGCGCCGCCCGGCCGCCUCCGAGCUCGGGCCCCAUGUGAGGGCCCCCCCCUUAUCCCACCUUUCCGGCUAGGUGAGGGCGCGAGCGGGCGAGCGAGCGAGAGUGGUGAGGGGGGACGGAAAAGCAGAAUUACCUGUAGCUCUUGUUCUGCCAUCUCGGGCGCUCUCACACACCUUCACCUGCACAGACUUGAAAGUCCAGUUUCACCAGAGGCUGAGGCUCCAGGAAAAGGGGAGCGAGUUCAUUGGAUCAAACAUGUCACAAGAGUCGGACAAUACCAAACGACUGGUGGCCUUAGUGCCCAUGCCCAGUGACCCUCCGUUCAAUACCCGAAGAGCCUACACCAGUGAGGAUGAAGCCUGGAAGUCGUAUCUGGAGAACCCCCUGACGGCAGCCACCAAGGCGAUGAUGAGCAUUAAUGGCGACGAGGACAGUGCCGCUGCCUUGGGGCUGCUGUACGACUACUACAAGGUUCCUCGCGACAAGAGGCUGCUAUCUGUAAGCAAAGCAAGUGACAACCAAGAAGAGCAGGAUAAAAGAAACUGUCUUGGCACCAGUGAAGCCCAGAGUAAUUUGAGUGGAGGAGAAAACCGAGUGCAGGUCCUAAAGACUGUUCCAGUGAAUCUUUCUCUAAACCAAGACCACCUGGAGAAUUUGAAACGGGAACAGUACAGCACAAACAUCUCUGAGAGCCCGGCUAUCAUCCCGGUCUCGGGCAUCACGGUGGUGAAAGCUGAAGAUUUCACACCCGUGUUCAUGGCCCCACCCGUGCACUACCCCCGGGGAGAAGGUGAGGAGCAACGUGUGGUUAUCUUUGAACAGACUCCGUAUGGCAUGCCCUCCAUGGCCAGCCAUAGCACCUACCUCAAGGAUGACCAGCGCAGCACCCCUGACAGCACUUACAGCGAGAGCUUCAAGGAUGGAAACACAGAGAAAUUCCGGAGUGCUUCCGUUGGGGCUGAGGAAUACAUGUAUGACCAGGCAUCCAGUGGCACAUUUCAGUACACCCUGGAAGCCACCAAAUCUCUGCGUCAGAAGCAGGGGGAGGGCCCCAUGACCUACCUCAACAAGGGACAGUUCUAUGCCAUAACGCUCAGCGAGACUGGAGACAAUAAAUGCUUCCGACACCCAAUCAGCAAAGUUAGGAGCGUGGUAAUGGUGGUCUUCAGUGAAGACAAAAACCGAGAUGAGCAGCUGAAAUACUGGAAAUACUGGCACUCUCGGCAGCAUACGGCGAAGCAGAGGGUCCUUGACAUUGCUGAUUACAAGGAGAGCUUUAAUACGAUUGGAAACAUCGAGGAGAUUGCGUAUAACGCCGUUUCCUUCACCUGGGACGUGAAUGAAGAGGCAAAGAUUUUCAUCACUGUGAAUUGCCUGAGUACAGACUUCUCCUCCCAGAAAGGAGUGAAAGGACUUCCUUUGAUGAUUCAGAUUGAUACAUACAGUUAUAAUAAUCGUAGCAAUAAACCCAUUCAUAGAGCUUACUGCCAGAUCAAGGUCUUCUGUGACAAAGGAGCAGAAAGGAAAAUCCGAGAUGAAGAGAGGAAGCAGAACAGGAAGAAGGGGAAAGGCCAGGCCUCCCAAACCCAGUGCAACAACUCCUCUGAUGGGAAGUUGGCGGCAAUACCCUUACAGAAGAAGAGCGACAUCACCUACUUCAAAACCAUGCCCGAUCUACACUCGCAGCCGGUGCUCUUCAUACCCGAUGUUCACUUUGCAAACCUGCAGAGGACAGGACAGGUAUAUUACAACACGGAUGAUGAACGAGAAGGCAGCAGCGUCCUUGUCAAACGGAUGUUCAGGCCCAUGGAAGAGGAGUUUGGUCCAGCACCUUCUAAGCAGAUGAAAGAAGAAGGGAUGAAGCGAGUGCUUUUGUACGUGCGGAAGGAGACGGACGACGUGUUCGACGCUUUGAUGUUGAAAUCCCCGACGGUGAAGGGCCUGAUGGAAGCGAUAUCUGAGAAAUAUGGGUUGCCUGUGGAGAAGAUCGCAAAGCUUUACAAGAAAAGCAAAAAAGGCAUCCUGGUGAACAUGGACGACAACAUCAUUGAGCACUACUCGAACGAGGACACCUUCAUUCUCAACAUGGAGAGCAUGCUGGAAGGCUUCAAGAUCACACUCAUGGAAAUCUGAGCCCUGGUCCUGGCAUCCCCUCGGCAGGGGCCCUCAGCGCAUUCUUCCCCGGGAGAGAUGGAGGCCCCGGCCCAGAACCCGGAGACUCCCCCUCCCCCACCUCACAACUGCUGUUACAGACCGUGCCGGGAGCCGGGCGAGGCCCAGAGUCCCGUUCCUUGUUCCUAAUCAGUGUGUAUGGCCCACCGACCGGCUCCCGCUGGAGCGAAGCCCUGCGCCCCUCAGGAAGGCGUGCUGGGCCUGUCAGACACUUAUUUAUUGUCCACCUUUGUCUGGAGCGCAAGGUCCAGGCCCGCCGGGGCCCUGCAGGACACUGCCGGCCCCGGAUGAGACCGUCCAGAGCCCUCCCCUUUUAAGGGAAACACAGCCAAUCUGUUCGGCCCGGAGAGCCUGAGAACGCCUCACCUCUGCUGCUCCUGGGCGGCUGGUCGGAGCGAGCGCGCCGGCUGCAGCCGUCGGGGGGUCACAGGUGGACAGAAGCCUUCAGGCGUCUCCGGGGAAGGCCGUCCUGCUAAACACCUGCGGGGGUUUGUGGCGAGUGGCUGCCAGGCCUUGUACAGGAAGAUACUCAGCCACCAUGUAAUUAGUAACCCGGAAGGCUCGCCUGGCUGUCAUGUACAUAGUGUUUAUAAUAUGGCAAUAAUAUAUUUUACCUGUGGUUCGCGGGCACGUUUAUUGCCGCUGGCCUAGGGGAGCCGCGCAGCUGAGACUCCGCUUUCUGUGAGAGCUUUGCCGCGGACACGCCGGGACAAGGGGAGUGGCCUUUGGGCUGGCAGGUGACCGCAGGGGUGCCAGCCGUCACGCUUGU